AUGAAUUGGCGGGCUGUGCUAGUGCUGUUAUCGAUAGUGGGUGGUGUCAUUUCACAAAAUUGUAGAGGAGAGGAACUCAAGCCCAGGGCUUGUGAGAACGUUUGCGAUGAGAAUGGACAAUGUAAAAUACGAGCGGCGCUUCUCUUGCCAAAGAACACCACAUUCUAUGCUUCCUUACCCGUGGUGGAGCCGGUCCUUGAUCUUGCAGUUCAAUCGCAGGCCAUUCGAAAUGCAUUCCCACCUUGGCUCAGUUUUGAAUGGACGACGUAUGACGUCACAGAUUGUGAUGCUGCCUACGCGGUCAUAUCCGCUAUAGAUGCCUACAAUGACUGCGCGCAUGUGUUCUUUGGUCCAGCCUGUGAUUUUGCUCUUGCUGAUGACCUCAUCUAUCCCCUAUUUGCGUUUGAUCCACCUUAUAACCUGUCCCAAAUAUCAGAUACUGGUGUCGUGUUGAUUUGCGUUAUCAUACGCGAGACCGGAAUUGCACAUAUAUUAAACAAAAUGGAGUCUGAUACUGAUUGA